AUGGCCAUUGAUCAUCUUUCAACCACAGACAUGCAAGGCAAUGGCGGCGCCACGCCUCCAGAGAAAAAUUAUGAUCCCCAGUCGGAAAUGGUUGCUGGUCACCAGGGACGAUUGAUUGAUGAGGCGGUUAUCCACGCUGAAAAUGAAGACAAGAUGACCCCGUACUUGGUCUUGGUGAUUGCCUCCGCCGCCCUUGGUGGUUUCCUAUAUGGAUACGACACUGGUGUAGUCGGUGUCGCCUUACCUUACGUGGGUGAUCAGCUCGGUCACGCCUUGAGCUCGGCAGAACAAGAGAUUGCGACUGCUGCAACUACCAUUGGAGCCAUCCUCGGUGCUGCUAUCCUCGGUUUCUUCGCUGACAAGUGGGGAAGAAAAUGGUGUCUUUUGAUCUCGGAUUUAUUCUUUACCGCCGGUGCUAUUGUCAUUGCAACCAGUUUCUCCCUCGGUCAGCUUAUCGCUGGACGUCUCAUCCUGGGUGUCGGUGUAGGUGGAGCGGCCGUUAUCUGUCCUUUGUAUAUCACAGAGCUGGCCCCCACUGCCGUCCGAGGUCGUUGUGUGGGUACAAACGGGUUCUUUAUUCCCUUCGGUCAAACGGUAUCUGUUGCCAUUGGUGCUGGCUUGAAGAAUGUUCCCCACAAUUGGCGAAUCCUCUUCGGUCUCGGUGUGGUCCCCUCGUUGCUCCAAUUGUGUCUUAUGCACAAGCUCCCCGAAUCUCCCCGUGUGCUCAUUCUCCGUGGUCAGGAUGACAAGGCUCGGGAGGUUCUCAAGACUAUUUACCGAUAUGCAACACCAGAAGUCAUAGAACUCAAGCUUGAAGUCGUGAGGGCUCAUGUUGAGGCCACCACUGUGCUCGAGCGGACUACAACCUUCGGACAAAGAGCCAAGAAACUCUGGACCCAUGGGCCUUACAGACGUUCCAUUCUUGUGGUCUGUAUGAUUCAGGUGUUCGGUCAAUUCACAGGUUAUAACACCCUGCUCUAUUACGCCGGCGAGCUAUUCGGCCUGCUUGGUCUCUCCAAUGCGUCGGUCGGUGGUCUCAUCCCUUCCAUCACUAACACAUUCUUCUUACUUGUCGGAAUGAUCUUCGUCGACCGAAUUGGUCGUAGGGGUUUGCUCAUGAAAUUCGGACCGCUGAUGAUCGUCGGUCUAUUAUGGUGUUUGAUUGCAUUCUACUUCAUGUGCAAAGAAACUGGAGGGUUCCUGGUCGCAGGAUUUAGCUACGCUCAGCGAGACGUCGGCCUCGUCAUCGCCGGUAUCGUCGUUUUCGUCAUGGGUUUCGGUUCUACCUACGCGCACCUCUGUUGGUACCAGUCUGAGUACCUCGCCCUUGAAAUUCGAGCCAUUGGUAGUGCCAUCAGUACCACUGCGAGUUUCACCGCCAACUUAGUCGUCGCCGUGACCUUCCUUUCGGAACUCGAGACAUUAACCCCCAGCGGUACCUACGGUCUCUACCUGGGCUUCGUCAUCAUCGGCUACGUUCUUGCCUAUUUCUUCUAUCCGGAAACCAAGGGAUUAUCUAUCGAUGAAGCUUUCAGUCUUUUCAACGAGGGUUUCGGUGUUAAAAAGUCCGUCGAGAUGCGUAAAGAAAAGGCAGAGGCUCAACGAAGAUACAAUGAAGAAGGCGGCGAAGCCGGUCGAACAGGUGGGGUUGGCUACCUCGGUGGUAAGCCGGAGACUUCGCACAUCGAGCGAGCCAAUCCUGUCGCAGUUUGA